AUCCCGCCGCGCGCCGUUUGCCGUUGCCGACCGCCCGACUUGCUUGCCGUCCGCUCCGUCGCGCCGUAGCGAGUAGACGUGUGUCAUACGCGUUGCCAUGAUUCCUUACGAUAUUUCGCACAUAUAUCGUAAUUUUAGGUCGGUUAUUACCGAAAUUUAACUGUUUCCUUUUACUGUGCAUAAAAACUAACAGUUUCAAAGUGUUUUAUAAUUAAAUUAUUGCAAGUGUUUUGAUUAUAAACAUAAAGGUGCAGUGCCAAAAAUUUUUUUACUGUUUGUUUUCAUUUUCACUAUCGGUGCACGAUGCAAGACGUUCUGAUUUUUUUCAAUAAUGUUUCUAUGUUGAAAGUGUGCUAUUUGGUACUUUUAGAAACAUGUUGACGGGGUUUCUAGUGUUUCUUCUAGUUUUUCUCCACGAUUUGCAAUAUGCGCACUCGUCGAGCCUGCUAUGCGGCCGCACCAAAGAGGUGGAGGUUGGCAACAGCCUGGGCGCCGGCGCCGCCAUAGCCCUCACACUGCUGCGUCCGCCUUCCUCCAACUCCACCAGCGCCUGCCAGCUGAGGCUCCACGCGCCUGAUGCCGCCGCCUUCACCAUACGGCUCAUUGAUGUUAAGGAAUCCCUGUCGGAGUGGGAGCGCGGCAAUGGGGACGUGCAAGCCCCCACGCCGGUGGCGGGAGCGCACGGCCGCAAGUGGAGCCAGCGCAGCGCGCACGCCCAGGACACCACUGGGGACGAGACCUCGCACAGCAGCAACGCCACUGACUCGUGUAAACUACUUGUUUACAUUGGAGAAGCGAAGAGUCCAAUAUGGCGGCUGUCGUUAUGCGGAGGCAACGCAGCAGCCGUGGCGUCCCGCGCGGGCACUAAGCUGCUACCACCAAAGAUCCGCAUCGUGUGGAACCCUCCUACUAACCCAUACCACCACACGGAGAAGCUGAGACUUGUGGUCACAGCUGUCAACAGUGGAGCAGUUUGCAACAAUGAAUCUCAAUUCAUAUGCGGUCUGACCGGCCUCUGUAUAUCCUCGAACCUGGUUUGCGACGGCGUCCGUCACUGCCCAGGGGGAGAAGACGAGGACUCCAUCGCGUGUCUGCAUCACCGUGACUCCCCGCUCCUGGAAAUGCUGAGGAGGUUUGCAGCUAGGAACCAGGAGCUGUUGGGACUUGACCAGCCAGAUGGCGUGACGAAACCUUCAGUUAUAAUGAAGAUAACCGAGGGUGAGCAGAAGCAGAACGCGUUUAUGGAGUUCGCAGCGGCGCUGAAGCCGUACGGGCCCUGGAGCUACCUCGUGGUGGGCAUGCUGGUCUGCGCCACCAUCCUCAUGUUCUGUCUGGCCUGGGAAUGCUGCUGCAAGCGCUCUAAGCCGUCAGAGACGCCGCUGUACCCGAUCCCAGCUGCCUGUAUAGACAGUUCCCCCACCGUGGCAGUCACCGCUGCCUCCCAGCAACUGUUCGAGUCUCUCCCCCCUACCCCGCCGGAGUACGAGCCGCCCCCCUCCUACUCCUCCUUGUUCCCUAGAGCAUUCAAAUCCUCCGCAUCUCCAGUACCACACUGCUCUCACCAGGAGCCUCCAGAUUGAGUCGACCGUUCUUAAAAUGUGUGUAAUAUAGUUUUUAUGAUAAGUUAGGGACUAUCCAUUAUUCGUUACAUCAUUUGUAUGUUUCGUGAAGAGAACAAAUCAUAUUAUCGACCAAUAGCAGCUUUGUUGAAAUAUCGCUCUCUCUUUUCCAAUACAACGAAAGAGAGAACGAUAUAUUAGAUUCUGCCGCUAAUGGUCGACAUUUUUGUCUUCACUCGUCUAGAAACAUCUCACUUUUCCAACGCCAGUCUUUACCCUUUAGUAUUACAACCAAAACCAAGCAUCUUCGGUAUAUGGAAUAUCAAUAAGUCGUUACUUCUAUAUGUCUCAAUUCUCAUCCAGUUGAAUAUGUCAUAAUGUAAUGUAUUUCACAUUUCCUUCAUACAUGCUUUAAACUCAGCAUUUGUAAAGUUAUUCAAUUUUCUUGUCAAUUAUGAAUCUAUUUCAAUUGGAAAACCUUUUUCUUUAAUCUUUGUUCUUUGAUACAAAGAAGUAUGAUUUUCGAAGAUUUUUUUUGAAAUGAUUAUGAUCAUGCCUGCAUACAACCUAUAAUGGAACGUGCUUUUCUAGAAAAUAUUUACUCAUGACUUUUGGAUAAACAUAUCCACAUUAGUUAUUGGUAGAAAUAACAAAGAAAUCUUGGAGGGAAUUUCCAAUUAGACAUUUGCGGUCAAAGACAAAUAGACGGGACAUGUACAUCAAACUUAUAACAGUGAUGUUUCCAGGGUUAAAAAUAUAGUAAAUAAACCAAUAUGAUGUAACUAAUGGAUGUGUCCUGAAGUAAAAUUGUAACCAAAUCAUUACUUAGUGACCAUAGUGUAGGUACCUGCAUAAGCAUUGCUAUAAAAGAUUUAACCCACUCAGUGCCUGUUUUUCACAGAUGAACUUUGAAAAAUAGGCACCGUAAACGGACUUACACAUAGCUAGACACCGCUUGUUAGAUUCGAUAAUUUUUUUGAUAAAUUUGUGAUAAAGAGUAGUAGCCCGACGAAUCGGCGAUUGGCACUAAUUUCACGGUAUCUAGCUAAAUAUAAGUCUUUGGCACAGUAUUUUAUUGGCCUAGAUGUUUUAUUUUCUGUACAGUAUAUUUUUUGUAUCUACGUUUUCUGCAUAGGUACUUAAAAAAUGCAAAUAUUUGAAAUUAUUUACUUUUUUUAAUACUUGCUACAAUGCUCUAUGCCCUAACUUAUUACCACAGUUUAACUGUUAUACCGUUAAGAAACGGAAGUAUGUUCUUGCUCUGAACGCUAGCGGGGCUAGUAACUUUUGAGGAAAGAGUGAGUUGAUUGGAACAUAUUUUUUUUCUAUAGUUUGUAUGAUGAGAUGAGCCAUAUUAUAUUUGAAGUACAAUAAAUCCUUAAUUUGUGUUACUUUUUUUUGGGACCAAGAUUUUUUUAGUGUUGUUCACGUGAAUAAAAUAUGUAUUGUCUGAGAUAUGUGCCUUAUAUGUAACAAGUUUAAAUAGUUUAUGUAACAACAUUAACAACAACAAGAUAUGGAAAGGUUUUUAAAACAAUACGUUUAAUGGAAUGCUACUAAAUAUAAUAAUGAAAUUGCAUAAUUUUUAACUACACAUCUUGCAUUUUAUUUACAAACGAUUGAAAAAUGCAAAGAUUGAAACCAUACAGCCUCAUUGUAGAUAAUAAAAUUAUUAUUAUUUUGUGUAGGUAUUGCAGAAUGACUUAAUGAUUAUGUAGUAGAUUAAGUACCUUAUAUGUUGGUUGGUAGGCAUGACUUAAUCAACAUAUUAUUUAUAAUGUAAUUUUUUCAUUGUAUUGUGAUGUAAUUUCAUGCAUAUAGAUUGUAUUUGACUGUCAUGACUAAGUAUACCGUUAUAUGUAUUUAAUCUACUGUGUGAACUGUUACGAUAUAACCAUGUAAAUCUUAUAUUUUUUAUAUUAUUGAUUACCUAGUGAUCAAGGUAAACUAUUCUUUCUAAAGAUGUACAUGGUUUAAAAGUGAAAUUAUAAAUUAACGGAUAUUUUUGUAUAGUACCUACAUAAUUAAAAAUAAAAACAACAAUAUUUUGUUUCGUGUCUAUGUCCAGGUAUAUAAACAAUCGGCUCUUGUAGAUGACGUACCUACAGUAUUUAGCACUUACAAUUACUUAACAGAGAUCACUUGAAAAUAUAGGUUAGUUGUCAUAAAAUUGCUACAGUUUAGUAAUCUUACAUGUAGUCAAUGAAACCCAAUGAAAUUAAAACAGUUCACGUUUCUACAUUCUUAUUGUUUUAUUAGUUCUAUAAAGAUUACAUAAAAUAUGAUUUACAUAGCAGUAUAGUGAUUGGAACCAUCAUUCAUGUAUGUAAUAUUUAAAGUUAGAGAUCUAUGGUCCUUCUUUAUAAUAAAUAAUUGGUUAAAAGUUCUAAAGCCUACAUGUAUGACAUCUAUGUAAAUAUUAAACGAGUUUGUGAGGACACCAUAUUAACUGAGAUUCUGUCUCAAACUGUACGAUUGUUAAACUAUGCAAUUACUAUCAUAAUUAAUAAAUGUUUAUACUAGUCUUGUUAGAAUCUGUUUUAUUACAUUUUUUAGGAUUGUGAAAAUGUCUUAGUAUAAUACCUACCUAUUCUUGAUCUAAAGUAUGGGAUAUGUUAUAUUUAAGUUCAUUUAAAUUAGAUCUACAAAAUAACAUGAUUUUGUCUAGUUUGUAUGAUAUGUAAGGACCUACCUAAGGAUUAUAAACUGAAAGUGAUAUAUAUUAUAAGACGAUGUAAAAUAAUAUGAUUUACGAAUAUAAAAGGAUAUUUAUUUUAAAA